AUGUCGGGACCGCCGCUGCCCAUGGUGAUUGAUGCCCUGGAAGCCAGUGACAAGCCGGUGGUUGCGGCCAUUGACGGUGUAGCGCUUGGAGGUGGCUGCGAAGUCGCUUUGGGCUGCCACUGGCGGCUGGCAAGCGCGCGCUCCCAGGUCGGUUUGCCCGAGGUGAACCUCGGCCUGCUUCCCGGAGCUGGGGGUACGCAGCGUCUUCCCCGGCUCAUCGGUGCGGAUCCCAGCGUGGAUUUCAUGUGCCGUGGAGCCCCGGUGAAGGCAGCGCAGGCUGCGAAGGUGGGUAUCUUUGAUGAGGUGGUCGAGGCGGGCGACAACGCAAUGGUUGUCCAGGCAGCGGUGAACUUCGCAGCCCGACAGCUCAACGUGGACCUUGCGACCAGAAGACUCUGCAAUGGCAGGGCAAGGACCACGAAUGCAGACGCACUUGCAGCCAAGAGGAAGGAGUACCAGAAGCUUCGAGCCGGCGAAGCAGCGCCGCAAGCCAUCAUCACCUGCAUCGAGGCAGCCACGAAGCAGGAUUUCCGAGAUGGCAUGAAUGUGGAGGGCAUGGAGUUUGGUAAGCUCUUCAGGGGCUCUCAGUCCAAGGCUAUGCAGUACAUGUUCUUCGCCGAGCGACAGUGCUUCAAGAUACCAGGCUUGGAGUCCAAGCCCAAGCCCCUCAACAGCGCCGGCAUCAUCGGUGCCGGACUCAUGGGUGGAGGUAUCGCCAUGUGCUGCGCAGAGGCUGGAAUGAAGGUAGUACUUUUGGAUGUCGACCAGAAGAACCUGGAGCGGGGCAUGAGCGUGAUCAAGCGGAACUAUGCCAGAAGCGUUGAAAGGAAGUCGAAAUCUCAGGAGCAGGUCGACAAGCUGCUGGCCAACAUCACAGCCGCUACCUCCUACGAUGCCCUCUCGCAAUGCGACAUCGUGGUAGAGGCAGUGUUCGAGAACAUGGACCUGAAGAAGAAGAUUUUCGCUACGCUCGACCAGGUUUGCAAGCCAGGCUCCGUCUUGGCCUCCAACACCAGCUACCUCAACAUUGAUGAGAUUGCAGGUGCCACGAAGCGACCGCAGGAUGUCAUCGGCUGCCACUUCUUCUCCCCCGCCAAUGUGAUGCGCCUACUGGAGAACGUCAGGGGGCCGCGUACUUCCCCGGACACCAUCGCCACUGCCAUGGCCUUCGGCUCCAAGCUGAAGAAGGUCACGUGCCUGGUCGGGAACUGCAGUGGCUUCAUUGCCAAUCGAGUCAUGGGCGUCUCUGGAUUUGGUUUUCUACUUCACAAAG